AUGAUGCAUUUAGCUUUUCUCAUCCUGAUCGUCUUAACAGAUGUGGCUUCCUCUCAGAAAGUAUGCAGUUACCAGGAUGUUCUUGAUUACCUGAACCUGACCACAGAUAACAGUGUGUUUAAACUGACCCGGCCUGUGCUGGACUACACACACCCCACCAUAGUGCAGCUGGACAUCAUCCUCUAUGCCAUUCUGGCUGUGAUUGAGAAAACACAAACUUUUAUUCCCUUCGUCUGGGCAACCCUGAUUUGGAAUAAUGAACGCAUCUCAUGGGACCCUGCUCAUUUUUGUGGAAUUACCCACAUUACAAUUCCUCGAGAAAUCCUCUGGAAACCAGAUCUCUUCAUUUAUGAGAUGAUACAGACGGACGACUCCCCUCAAAAUGCAUACAUAUACGUAUCAUACGACGGGAUCAUUACUUCUGAAGAGGACCUUAAGAUUGUCAGCACCUGUAAGAUGGAUGUCCACAAGUUCCCCUUCGACACACAAAAAUGUAACAUCACCAUCGGCUCUGCGAUUCACUGUGUAAAUGAAAUGAGGCUUUUGCCUUUCUCCAACUCAUCUCGGGCGACACAGUUUUCCCGUGAGGUGAUGAAGACGCAGGGAGAGUGGGAGUUCCUCCAGCUAUCCAUCUCCAAAGUCAAUUUCACCAUCGAAAAUAGACAGUGGGAAAAUCUCAUAUAUACUUUCACCAUGAAGAGGAGGCCACUCCUUCAUGUCAUUAACUUCCUGUUGCCCAUCUUAUUCUUCCUAACUCUGGAUCUCGCCUCCUUCUUCAUCGCUGAUCAUCGGGGGGAGAAGCUGGGCUUCAAAGUCACCGUGCUGCUGGCGAUCUCGGUUCUGCUGCUCAUCCUCAAUGACAUCCUGCCGUCCAUGUCCAACAAGACCCCACUCAUAGCGACCUACUGUAUUGUGAUUUUUGCCCUUAUGCUGCUCAGUCUGCUGGAAACGAUUUUGGUUACAUAUCUGAUAGAAAAAGAUUCCCAAGUCAAACUCAAGGUGAAGGACAAAAAGAAAAAAGUCAAACGUGACAACAGUGAUGCAGAUCUCAGAAGACAAAGACAGACCUGCUGUUCCUGCAUCUGCAAAGUGUCCAGUGAGGAGAAACAGCAUGAGCUACUGCCUGCUGUCGAAGAGGUUAACAACAGUGUUCAUACAGGAGAGUCUCAUGUGUUGCUGCUAAUCCUGGAGGAGCUGAAGGAGCUGAAGAAAGCCCUAAAUCUACACCUCUGUGGCAGCGGGGAGGGAGGGAAGUACGUCCAGUGGGCUGCUAGAAUCAACAGGGUUUUCUUCAUUUUCUACGUUGUCACUGUGUCGCUCUUUCUAACUCUUAUCUACACGGAGUGGAACACUUAG